AUGUUUGUCUUUAGGGAAGGUGCAAGGAUCCUAGUGGGUGCCCCAGAAGACGAGCCCUACCAAGUGAAUGGUGUGAAGCGACCUGGUGCAGUAUAUCGCUGUGAACCUACCAGCCGAGCCUUCGCUUCAGAAGAUCUAGCUAAUCCCUUGGAGCGAUGCAGAUUGAUGGAGUUUGACAAGAACAGAAUAAAUUAUAUAGUGUAUACUACACUCGCACUCGUCACGUACCGAAUGCUACCACUCCCCUCCUGCUGA